AUGGCUGGUGCUUAUGAUACUGAACAACAAAGAAUGAUUGACCGGAUUAAGUGCAUCGCUUUUCGCGAAGCUCGCGAUGCUGGUGCAACAUUUAUAAAUAGACAAUGGAUUGCGGAUAAAGUUCAUCGCACAACUCGAUCUGUCUCAGAGUGGUGGGAAAAAUCAUAUGACCAAUGUUUUGCCGACUAUUCAAAUGUUGGUGCUAAACCUAAAUUAUCAGAAGCUAGUAGAGAUAUUAUUCGUCAAGCAAGUGGUCAACAAAGAAAAAGUGGUCCUGUUGUGGCAAAGGAGAUUGCAGAAAAGCAAAAAGAAUAUGCCACCGGAAGAACUAUUAAUAAUUAUCGUCACAGAGAAGGAUUAAAACCAUUUCAUGUUAUUCCAAAACCGUUAAAAUCUGAAACUCAUAUAUCAGAUCGAUUAUGGCUCUGUGACUGGUUAAAGGAUUGGACCGCAGAAGAUUUUCUUCAUCUGGCACCAUCUGAUGAAUUUUAUAUUUGGACUGUCCGCCGACCAAAUUAUCAGAAUGAUAGAAUCUGGGCGAAAAGUAUCGAAGACAUUACUGAAGAUGAAAGAUAUCGUGAAAUGGUAAAAAAUCAAUCAUGUGUUGGAGUUUUUAUAAUGUUUACUUGCAAAAGAUUACUAUGGAUUAUCAAGGAUAAAGGGGAAUCAUGGACAGGUCAAUGUUUUCGCAAUAUUGUUUUGAUUGAAAAUGUAAUUCCUUUUUUAAAAAACGAAGAAAAUGUUAUUGAUCCUGAUGAAGUUAUAUUUGUUCACGAUAAAGCACCGUGUAUGCGAGCAAAUAAAACUCAACAUUUACUCCAAGACAACGAUGUUAAAUUUUGGGGUAAUGAUAUCUGGCCAGGAAAUUCACCUGAUCUCAAUGCGGCAGAACACAUCGGGUCAAUAAUCAAAGAUGAAGUUGAAAAAAAACUGUCAUCAGAAAGUGGACAUCAUCGAUAUCUUGAAGAAACUCUCAAAAUGCACAUCGAAAAUGUUCUCGCACGCAUGGAAGAAGAUACUGAAUUAUUUGAAAGUCUUCUAUACUCAUAUCCAUCUCGAUUUCGUGCUGUAAAAAAUGCUAAUGGUCGGCACACAGAUUAUUGA